CGGUGUGUUUCCAAAAUGGCGGCAGCGAUGGACGUGGAUACUCCCAGCGGCACCAACAGCGGCGCGGGCAAGAAGCGCUUUGAAGUGAAAAAGUGGAAUGCAGUGGCCCUCUGGGCCUGGGACAUUGUGGUUGAUAACUGUGCCAUCUGCAGGAACCACAUUAUGGAUCUUUGCAUCGAAUGUCAGGCCAACCAGGCGUCCGCUACCUCUGAAGAGUGUACCGUUGCAUGGGGAGUCUGUAAUCAUGCUUUCCAUUUCCACUGCAUCUCUCGGUGGCUCAAAACGAGGCAGGUGUGUCCAUUGGACAACAGAGAGUGGGAAUUCCAAAAGUAUGGGCACUAGGAAAGACUCCUC